AUGUUCACCUUAUCAGUUGACGGUCGUGUAGUCCAAGGUUUCCAAGACGGAGAUAUGUUUAAUGUAACCGUUAAAGAAGACCGUGUGCAAACUUCUGUUGACGCACAAGGAGUUCCAUCAAUUGCGGUUAACAACAACCGUUUAGGUCAAAUUCAGUUAACUUAUCUGAUGAUUUUUGAUGAAAGACCAGGAGUAGAAGAGCUUUAUAACGCUAUCGACUUAUUUCUUGGAGGUAAAAUUGCAAGACUAAGCCCCGAAUGGGAAAUUCAAAAACAAGUCGAUGAUGAUGGUGGUACUGGUUUCCAAUUGUUAUGGGAAUUAGUACUCGAGAAGAAAUGGAACAUGCUUCCUAUGAAAAAUUCAAUUAUUAAAUGA